CCGAUAUAUUUGUAUCAAGCCGCCCUUAAUAUCCGAUGUCUCUCUCACAUCUUCACCCCCAAAUUUCCAAACCUAGGUACCUUGUUCCUUAUUUUCAUGUCCCGUAACUCCAAUUUUUCCCACCAAAGAUAAAAAUUACUUGGUUUUCCGUUUCAUGAUUUUCUGCUCUGCAUCGCGAUGUCUUUCGCGCGCAAAAGGGGCCGACUGGACGCGGUUUUUUCUGGGAACGGAGGCUUUAAAAGAUCUAAAGAAGAAUUGGACUCCUUUACAACUGGUGUAGGAAGCAAAUCAAAGCCAUGCACCAAGUUUUUCAGCACUUCCGGGUGCACAUUUGGCGACACGUGUCACUUUCUGCACUAUUUCCCCGGUUACAGUGCCCAUACGCAGCUCGCCAACUCUGUUGGUGAAAAUCCCCAUAAUACCCUCCCGAGAAAUUCAUCCUUCUCCAAUGACCCUCCAUCAGCAACAAAAACGAACAUUUGCAAAAGGAUAAACACCCCAAGUGGGUGCCGGUAUGGGGACAGGUGUCAUUUUUCCCACGCCUCAGCUGAGCUCAGCGGGCCCCACAAUUUGCAGGGGCCCCACAUUAACUUUGGCGUGUCAGCAACUGCCAAAAUUAGCGUGGAUGCGAAUUUUGCAGGGGCUAUUAUUGGGAAAAAUGGGGCAAACACGAGGCAGAUAUGCCAGGAGACUGGGGUGAAGCUGUCGAUAAGGGAGCACGAGUCGGACCCCAGCAAGAGGAACAUCGAGCUCGAGGGCACGUUUGACCAGAUUAAGGAGGCGAGUGGCAUGGUGCGCGAGCUGCUCGUGAAUGUAACUGCUGCUGCUAACGGCAGUCGUGUGGUGGGCCGAGAAGUUGGGCCGAGAAGUUUUAAGAAGAAGGUGUGUGAGAAGUUUUCGAGAGGGUUGUGCACUUUUGGGGAGAGGUGUCAUUUUGCUCAUUCCGCGUGAAAUGCGACAUUUUGCUCUUUCUUCUGUGUUUCUCCUCUGCAUUAUUAGUAUGAGAGUUAUAUUAAUGCUUCAACUAGGCAGGUUCUUUGUUAGUUGUUAAUGGUGUGUUCAAAACUGUGAAGGAAAGGCAGGUCUGAGGAUGAAUAAUCUGUCCCUUUUGUUUCUUUCUCAGUUAAAACAUGAAAAAGAAUCUUCAGCAACUGUUUUUCAAGUUAUUCCGUGUUUCUAAAGGCUUUGCAUCUAAAAAUUUGAUUAUUUCUAGA